UGCGUAAAGAAAUGAAUAACUACCGUUAACAGUCUGUUUACACUCGUUGCCUAGAAACAAGAUAACGCAAACUUCCUGAUUGUUUGCUAUUGGUUGGUGCUGCCCGACGUCGCACAGUAACCCGGAUGAAAGACGCACUGUGAUGAUGACAGCGGCCGCUGCGCGUACAGUGAUGAUGUCCAGUGAAGAGCUGCUGUCUGUGGAUUAUGAGGUGUAUGGGAGAGUUCAGGGUGUGUUCUUCAGAAAAUACACACAGUCAGAGGGCAAGAAGUUGGGUCUGGUUGGCUGGGUAAAAAACACUGAUGCUGGGACAGUUCAAGGGCAGCUGCAGGGUCCGGCCUCUAAAGUUGAACAGAUGAAGCACUGGCUCCAAACCACCGGCAGCCCUCAGUCUCGAAUCGCCAAAACUGAGUUCAGGAAUGAGCACACAGUGGACAAACUGGAUUUUAAGGAUUUCAAAGUUGCGCGUUGAUGAAUUAGUAUUUAUGUAUAUAGAUAUGUAGGUUAUUUAUUUUAGCGUUUAAAAAUUGUGUUUCAAACAUGUGGCCA